AUGGGCUCUUCCUCAUCAAAAGCUGCGCAAGGCGCCGCGCGCAAAUUUCCGACCCGCGCUCCGGGCGCCGUGCCACCACCGUCUUCCGCCGUAAGAGCAGCUCCCGCUCCUCCUCCGGCGCAGCCCGCGCAGGCCCGGUCACAGGCAAAGGCGUCGGCCUUCACGCCAGAGGACGUCACCGCCGAAUUCUCCUCGCGUCUCCGCCAAAUGGGCGUCGUCCAGCCGAACCCGACCUUCUCCUCCACCUCAACCGCCGGCAGCCCCGUCCCCGGUCCCGGUCCCGGCCCGAGCCCUCACGCCGACCUCAUUCAGAACCCCGGCCCGCUCUUCCCUUCCACCUACCGGAACGCGACGCUGGGCACCCUCGAAGCUCGCCGCCGGCUCCAGCAAGAGGCCGACGCCGAGUUUGACGGCCUGGGCCGCAGCAGCAGCGGCGGGAGAGAGUUUUUGGACCUCAAGACCAUUAUACAGAUGCACCUGAUGCGCGAUAGAGGACACUCGCCUGCCGAGAUUGAGGCGAGGUUGGAUCUGAAGCCUGGCGUGGUGGCGAGGUUAGGAAGGCCUGGGAUCACCUCGCCCGCCUGA